AUGAUACAUGCGAAGUCCAGAGGCGAGGAAUAUGAGGAAGAAUCAAAUUCCCUAAACUUGCCGAUGGAAAAGAGUAGGCAGGAACUGACUGAAUUGCAGGAUGACUAUGUCGACGCUGACAACCCAAUUUCGCAUCCAGACUAUCUUGAACAAAUGAUCGAUGACAUGGAGGCAUAUUCCGACGAUGAGAUCAUGGAAAAAUGCAGCGAGCCUGGCUCAGAAGAUAUUUCAAGCGAUGAUGACGAAACAAGUGAGAAAGAUGAAGUACACCAGGAGAUAUGGAGACAUAAACGAUUGCGCGAAGAUCUACUGGGAAUGGAACAAGUUCUUGGGGCUUUCCCAUUCCAAAAAAAUUGGGGAAAGCUCGAAAGGAAUAGAAGCUUGGGUAAAAUGCUCAUUCUGCGAUAG